CCACUUCAACGACUAUGGACGGGGUGGAGUGGAGUGCCAUCAUCAACGUGCUCAGGAUCAUUAAAGAACCUACUGCAGUCGCCAUCGCCUACGAGCUGGACCAGCCAUGUGCUGGAGAGAGCAACGUGCUCAGGUUUUUGUUCUCUCUAACAAUGCACGCUGGCGUCUUCAAGGUGAAGGCCACAUCUGGAGACACUACUCAUCUAGAUGGAGGGGACUGACCCAACCAGAUGCUGAUGGAUUUCAUGGAAGAGUUCAGGCGCAAGCAAGGGAUAGAUGGGAAUGGAAACGAGAUGACUCGCAGAUUAUGCACUGCCUGUGAGUGAGCCAAAUUCGUGCUGUCCUCCAGCACCCAGUCGACCUUGGGGACUGACUCCUUAUUCCAAGGUGUGGGUGUCUCCAUGUCCAUUACUCGUGCCUACUUUCAGGAACUGUGCCCAGACCUUUUCUGCAGCCCCCUGGAGCCUGUGGAGAAGGCCCUGAGGGAUGCCAAACCAAGGCCCAUUUAAGUCCACGAGGUCAUCCUGGUGGAUGGUUCUACCUGUAUCUCUAAGGUGCAGAAGCGUCUAUAAGACUUCUUCAGCCGCAGGGAGCUGAACAAGAACAUCGACCCUGACGAGGCUGUGGUCCCUGGGGCUGCUGUGUAGGUGACUGUGUGGAUGGAAGACAAGUGUGAGAAGAUGCAGGCUCUCCUCCUGCUGGGUGUGGCUCCCCUGUCCCUGGGCCUGGAGAAGGUGAUGACCACAUUGAUCCAGUGGAUUGUCACCAUCCAACAGACCCAAGCCUUCCCUACUUACUCAGACAACCAACCGGGGUUAUUGUAUACAGCUGAACAAGAAGGCAGGUUUAGCUAAUCUCGGUAGGAGCAGUCUCUGUAGGGGAGCUGUACAUAUCCAGAGGCCAUACACAUCCAGGCGGAAGAGGGCUACGGUGGCCAUUUUCUGCACACACUAUCAACAGACUGGAAGAAGGCUUUUCCAGUCCUCUGAGCUCCACUCUCCUAUGGCCUUUGACAUGGCUGUAUCCAUGUCAACAGUCCACAUUCUCUUACGUGAUUAUUGUAAUCACAGCUACUUUUACCCAGUUCUUCCAAAGAAUCAGAAUAAAUUAAAUCAUCACAGAUGCCCAUUACUAAGAAAUCAAAUACUACUGUCGAUAGUUUCUUGCCUGAGUCCCAAUUCCUGAAUAGGAUUGGCAAUUACUUUCAAGUCUUCUUUUCUUUUCAGUAAUUUUAGACUAAUAGAAGAUUUGCAAAGAUAAUAUGGAAAAUUACUGCUUGUCUGCCAGCCAGCUUCCCUAAUGGUAAGAUGGUACAUAACGAUAACUUAUCAAACUUCAGCAAAUGCCACUGGAUAACUGUUACUGAUUAAGCUGUUGACUUUAUUCAGGUUUCACAUCCUUCCACUCAUGCACCCUUUCCUUGUUUCACC